CUGGAGGCCGCCAUGGAGCGCGGCCGCAAGCCCUCGUACAACGGCUCUCCUCCUCGCCGCUACGCCGCCGGCCAGCUUCCGGCACCCGACGCGCCGUUGCACGAGCUUGUGCGCAAGCUCGUGGCCAUGCGUGCUCGCAUGGCGCUGCGCGCGCUGCGCACGUCUCCUGCGGCGCGCCGCAGGGCGGUGCUCGCGGUGUGCUCGGCGGCGCUGCUGCUUGCGAUGGCGAGCGCCUUCUCGCGCCUUCCCGAAGUAAACACGGGGCGCGACCCGCUCGUGCCGCGCGCCGUCGGCCGCGCCGCCGGCUCCCUCCUCAACGAGACGGACGUCGACCGGCUCCGCCGCCGCACGGCGGAGCGCAACCUCGAACUCUCGCGGCAGGCGCGCGGCUCCAAGCGGGAGCGGCUUCAGCAGGCGGCGGCGACGCUAAACACGCAGCUCGAGGCGCUCAAGGAGCGGGCGCAGGUCCUGGGGCCCAACAGCCGCCGCCAGGCAGGCGGAGGCGGCGGCGGCGGCGGCGCCGCUAACUCUGCCGCCGCAGACGACGCGGCCGCCUCCGCCUCUUCCGCCGCGGCCGAGCCGUGCGGCGGCGUGCGGCACCGCGAGUUUCGGAUCGCGAUGGUGCUGCCGUGGAUGGACCGCGACGGCGCAAAGGCGCCGGCGUGGUUCUCCCACCUCGUCGCCUCCGCCUCCGCCUCCGCUUCGCUGGUCGCCCCCCGUCCGUGCUGCAGGGGGCGCGAGCCGUGAACGGCGUCUCUUGAGCGGGUGGCUGGUCUCGAGCAGGUCGACUGGUACGUGCCGCACGAGGGGUCGCUCUCGCUGCCGCGCGGCGUGCGUG